CUGGUCAUCGUCGGCAUAGACCGUUUCCACACUGCGCAUGCUCGGGUGAUACAUCCGGCCGGUCCCUAUCAAUCGAUCAGAGAGAGGAAGAUGGCGCUGGAUGGAGUGAACGGAGUAGGAUCGAUCACCGAAAAACUCGAUUGGAUUUUGUUUUUCCUAACUUACUGAAACACUCUUGUAUCACCGUCCGAGCAGCAGUUUAAACUCGGAGCGAAGAAGCGACAACAAGCAGAGCCUGUGCCUGCCCGUCGGCCUCUUCCACCAUCCUCAAGCCUCAAGGGUGAUGGAGUUCCCAUGGCACAGCGGGAAAGUUCUGGAGCAGCUUAACCGCCAGCGCAAGCAGGGCCUGCUGUGUGACUGCACUUUUGUUGUGGACGGUGUGGACUUCAAGGCCCACAAAGCUGUGCUGGCAGCCUGCAGUGUCUACUUCCGCACCCUCUUCCUGGACCAGAAAGACGUAGUGCAUCUGGACAUCAGCAAUGCAGCAGGUUUGGGUCAGGUCCUGGAGUUUAUGUACACAGCCAAGCUGAGUUUAAGUCCACAGAACGUGGAAGACGUGCUGGCAGUUGCUAACUUUCUACAGAUGCAAGAAAUUGUAAAUGCCUGCUCUGCGUACCAGUCGAUGGCAAGUCCAGCUCCGUCCAUCAUAACACUGGAUUUCGCUGUUGAUGAAAAACAAGGUAAAGGAGAGCAGAGAGAGGAGCUGGAGAGCGACCUGGCAGAAGUGGCAUCUCAAGCAGAGGAGAACGCCCCCAUGGAAGAUCCAGAGCCCACACAGAACCAGGAACAUUUAAAGGAAGACUUCUCCACAGAAGCAAUACAGACAGUUUCUCAACCCAACACUGCCGGACCCCCGGCAGGCCGAGGACGCCCCUCCAAAACCAGCCCACUCUCUGCUCAGAAGAAGAUAUCUGUGAAGAAGGAGGAAGAAAGUGCAGCACAAGAUGCACCUGGAUUCCAGGACGACCCCUCUGAUGCCGACUAUACGCCCAAAUCACAGUUGAAAUCCGCUGGCAGCUCGUCCUACAUGAGUUCUCGGGGGAGGAGAAUCAGAAAACCUCCUCGACGAAACUUUCCACCUGACAAUGACUCAGAGGAAGAAGGCACAUCGAAGACAAAACCAGAGAAGAAGGUGGCGGAGCCGGCAGAAGUGACCGAAGAACAGGAGGACGACUGUGAGGACACUGGUGACGGGGAAGCUGAUGACGAGGAGGGGUCUGGAGAUGACGAUGACGUGGUCAUCCAGCACGUGGACGGAGGCGAUUCAGGCAGCGAGAGAGAGGGGAGACAGAGUCAGUCAGCUUCUAUGAGCAACCGAUCCGAGUCAAAGCCUUACAGCUCAGUGACGCAUGAAUGUGAGGACUGUGGGAAGAAAUUCACCCACACUGGUAACUUCAAAAGACACAUGCGCAUUCACACAGGAGAGAAGCCAUUCAGCUGUCGCGACUGCAACAAGGCUUUCUCUGACCCUGCAGCCUGUAAAGCUCAUGAGAAAACACACAGCCCUCUGAAGCCGUACUGCUGCUCGACCUGCGGAAAGAGCUACCGCCAGAUCAGCCUGCUCAACCUGCACCGCAAACGCCACACGGGCGAAGCGAGGUACAGCUGCGAGGUCUGCGGCAAGCUCUUCACCACGUCCGGCAACCUGAAGCGCCACCAGCUGGUGCACAGCGGCGAGAAGCCAUACCACUGCGACUUCUGCGAGAAGGCCUUCUCCGACCCCACCGCCAAGAUGCGACAUCUGGAGACGCAUGACACGGAGAAGGGCAACAAGUGUCCACACUGCGACAAACGCUUCAACCAGCCAGGAAAUCUAAAAGCUCACUUAAAAAUCCACAUCACAGACGGGCCUCUCAAGUGCAAGGAGUGUGGCAAACAGUUCACUACCUCAGGAAACCUCAAGAGACACUUGCGGGUCCACAGUGGGGAGAAACCGUACGUCUGUAUGCACUGCCAGAGAGCUUUCAGUGACCCUGGAGCUCUGCAGCGGCAUGAACGCAUCCACACAGGAGAGAAGCCCUGCGUCUGUCUUAUCUGUGGCAAAGCCUUCACCCAGGCCAGCUCGCUUAUCGCUCACGUCCGCCAGCACACCGGAGAGAAACCCUACGUGUGUGAUCGCUGUGGCAAAAGGUUUGUGCAGUCCAGUCAGCUGGCCAAUCACAUUCGGCAUCACGACAACGUCCGGCCGCACAAGUGUCAGAUGUGCAACAAGGCAUUUGUUAAUGUGGGAGACCUGUCGAAGCACAUCAUCAUUCACACAGGGGAGAAACCUUUCCUGUGUGAUAAAUGUGGUCGAGGGUUCAACAGGGUCGACAACCUGCGCUCGCACGUCAAGACCGUCCACCACGGCAAGGCUGGCAUGAAGCGGCUGGUGUUAGCCGGGGACGAGGGCGCCGACGGAUGCGCAGGGGCGUCCACCUCCGACAACGAGAUCAACAUAGUUACCGUCACCACGGAGGACAUCGUCACCCUGGCAACAGAGGCCCUGGCAGCCAGUGCUGUAGCUCAGCUGACAGUCGUUCCAGUGGCUACUUCAGUGACUGCAGAUGAGACAGAAGCUUUGAAAGCUGAAAUCAACAAGGCAGUAGAGAAAGUGCAAGAAGCAGACCCCAACACCCAGAUCCUGUAUGCUUGUGAUUCAUGUGGUGAUAAAUUCUUGGACGCCAGCUCUCUCGCCCAGCACGUACGCAUCCACACAGCUCAGGCGUUGGUCAUGUUUCAGGCAGAUUCCGACUUCUACCAAUACACCACAGCCACCACCGCUGAAGGGGAUUCUGCCACAACAUGGCAACCUACUGCUGAACAAGUCAUCCAGGAGGGAGAGCUGAUCUUCAGAGCCCAUGAGGGAGAGGGAGAGGGAGAGGAGGAGAGGGAGGAUGAGGAGGUGGAAACCCACACAGAGCUCCACACAGAAGGAAAAGAUGGAGCUGCAGCAGAGGUAGAGGUGGAAAAAGAAGAGGAGAUGGAAUGUGAGAGUCAGGCGUAG